AUGGUGUGGGUAAAUUGGAUUUUCGUGCUCGACUUGGUUACAUUUCUCUUCAGUUUAUCAGCAGGAGAUAGAGGUAAGACAACUUAAUUUCGACUGUUAGAUAUAAUCACGAGAGUCAAAGGCGAUUGCCGUUACGCGAUUUAAAAGACGACGAAAUAGUUCCCAAGUAGAUUCUGUCAAGGGGUGCGUGUCUUAGUAGGAUUUAGCUGUUCACGGAAUGAUGUAUAAAUAAACCGCUCAGUGGAUGACCUCCUUAGGAGUUCUUUGUCGCUGGGUGCGUGACUUGAAUCAGCUCUGAGAAGAUCUGUCAUCUAAGCGUUUAGGAAUAUUGACUGCUAUGAAACGUAAUCUAAGCAGCGAUGAUGCGUUGCGGUUGUUCUUCCCGAUGGGUGGUUACUGCUGUUUACUUCAGCUACAAAAACACGGAUAAGGCAAGGCUAUCAUUCCAGUUAAAGAAGUAGGCAAAAAAAGUGAUAAAAGCGUUCCCAUUAAAUUCAGAAAUCAAAGAAUGGAAGGGAAAUUUGAUGAACUGCCCGCGAAGAUGUGUACAUCUGUUAGUCACAGAUUGCGUUCUAUUGUAGUGCUGAUUUGUAAUUUCUCUUUCACCGUGUGAAUUUAGCGUGUCUCAAUGAAAUUAUGUAAUGUGAAUUUUUUACUAUUUGUUUGUCAAGUGCGGCCGCUUUAUUUUUGAAGCGUACGCCCAAAAUUCAAAUGAUUUGGAAACCUGACACUCCGCUCGGUAGAGUCAUAGAAGUGGAGAAUGUAUUCCUUCCAUGUUCAAGUGUUUGCCCAGCAAUUAGCACCUUUAAAAUCCGACUUCCGAUCGUAGGAUUGUGUUCUUACGUUACUUUCGUAACCUCCCUGUCCAAGAAACGUGAAUGUUGCUUUGAUUCUCUUUACUCAAGUAAUGUAUCGGUCUCCGUACGAAUUUUGAUAACCAUAACUAGACCUUUUAUGUCGUUAAUGGCUCGCAGCUUGAGAUUAUUCUGCUAAUGAUCUCACUCCUAAAUGUUUCGAACACAAUUUGAAAAAGGCAUCUUCGUAAUAAGGAUUUUUUUACUUUCGAGGAAAAAGCUACGUUUCUUUACAUUUCUAAUGUUGCUUUAUCAUAACCGUAAUUGGGAAACUGAUGACUGCGACGGAAACAUGUCUGUCACAGUGACAAAUCGGGAAGAUAUUUGCAUACAAGCUGCAAUCGAAACAUAAAUGUUUUGCAUGAUGAAAAGAGUGCAAUUUCGUAAACAACACUUAAAGAAAGCUUCGGAUUUAACAGCUGUUGUCAAAAUAUGUUUACAUGAAUUGACAUUUAAGAUCUAACUUCGUUCGUUGUUUGAUUAAAAUGUUUUUGAAGAGUUUUAAGACCGCGGCGUGGAGCAGAUUAAUCCGUGCGUGAAAAAGGACAAGAAUUUGGUAAUAGGAAAUAGCGCCCUUUGCAAACAGAAAACGAAAUCAAUAUUGUAUGCAAAUACAUGUCAGGAAGCAUUAUCUUUUUUAAGCCUUGGGGCGAAAAAGUAUUAUUUCCUUUAUCAAAUUCGGUGCUUCUAAGUUAGGUCUUAGUUAAGAGUAAAUACUUUUAGUGGAGUAAAGUAAUUUAAUUACCACCCGAAUGAAAUUAAUUAAAAUUGUACACCACUGAUAGCGGUCUAAAUAAAUUUAAUUCGAGUGUGGCUGGCUUUUCAGAUCAGAUUCUUUGAAAUCUUAUUUUAUGAGAUUUUUCUUAGAGGCAAGACUGAUCAUGAUAUUUAAUAUCCAAAAUUCCAUAUAUUGGAAGCAGCGGGUUGAUUAGUGAGACGCGGUGAAAUUUUGAAAAAUUUAAGACUACCAUGGCUUGAGUUCAACAUUACGAAACGUAUGCUCAAGUGGAAGUUAUCAUUUCUUUCCUGUUUAACACCAAUUUAGCUUCUAACUUCAUUGGCUUGACAUAAAUAUUUGAGGCUCCUAACUUAUGUAGGAAAUAUGCUUCUCAUCAAUAGACCUUGAUUUGUGUAAAAGCCAGAACAUCAGGAAAAAAAAAACUUUCUCAGGGCAUCCUUUGAUUUCUCCAAGUUAUUUUACGCAAAACAGAGUGUAAUCUGUAAUCUGAUGUCAUGGCUAGCUCGAGAAAAGGUUUCAUGUCUUAAUUUGCUUGAAAAAGUGGCCUAUUUGGCAACUUGUGGUUAUUUAGCAUGUAACAUUUUCAUUUAGAAGUGUUCUAAUCUUAAAGUUAAAAUGAGAUAGAAAUCUAUGUUCAUCAUUUUAUCUAAAGAACAAUGCCUCUUUCUCUCAAGGUGUUGCUUUGCUAAGCGUAAGACUGAUCCUGUGUGUAAAGUCAAAAUGAUCAGACAGAAAUCUGUUCCAUCGUAAAUUGCCUCAUUCUCCCACAUUGUUGCAGUUUUGAGCCUAGAAAUCUUGCAAGUUAAGUCAAAAAGAGAUAGAAACCUUUGCUCCAUCAUUUUCCUUUAGGGAAAACAUUCAUGUCUCUCGAGCUUUGGCAAUUUUAAGGUUAGAGGUCUUCUGUGCUAAGUCAAAAUGAGAUAGAGUUCUGUGUUCAAUCAUUUUAUUUUACCAAAAAUCGCCUCAUUCUCUCAAGUUUCUCUGGUCUUUGGAUCUUGAGUGAACCACCAAAAAUAAUUUGCACCCAGAUUCAUUUUAUAAUUUUGCAGACAAGUAGUGUGUGGUUUAUUUGCUUAAUAUAAGAAUGCGAAGUGUUGUUGUUGUUUUUUUUUUUUCACUUUUUAUAUGUUUCCCCUUUUUUCCUUCCACUCAAAUUUCCUUUAAUUUUAGGUUACCUUAAUAGGAACAUGGAAAAAACAUGAGUCAGGGCUUUAUAUGAGUAUUCACUUAGCAAGGGAUAUUGAAUUAUUCCAUUAGGCAAGAAAUUUCUCUGAAUUUGCAAAACUGAAUAAGAAUGAUCAGCCAUAGGUGUUGAGUUAGAGGUGUUUUUUUGUUUGGUUCAAUCUUAGUUGGUUGUUCGGCCAAAAAGUGGCCUGCUUGAAAAUCAUGUUAACAGAAGAUCUUUUGAAUUGGAUGCACCAUAUGGAAAGCUCUUUUUCAAAACUAAGAUUGUUUUUUUGUUUUUGUUUUGGUUUUUGCUGACUUGCCAUACAUGUAUUAAAUUAUGGAUAUUACUUGUUAUGUAAAUAUUCAAACAAGCUGCAAAUAUGUCCUAAUGUGCAAUGUAAACAAACAACAUCUCUGAAAUAUUUUCAAGGAUGUUGAAGGAUAUUGAAUUAUACAAAUUUUUGAAAUUACAGGUAUUUCCUUUGAUUUGCCCAACAUUUAAAAUGAUCUACUCUUGUAUAUUUGAAGUUUAAUCACUCAAAAUUGUCUUUUUCAAAUUUACUCAAAUUCAAACAGCCACCUUGUUAGAAAGACCUAAAUCAGGUGGUGGUGCAGAGAGCUGGUAUUGGAAAACAUCUCAUGGCCAUGGGUCAGGGGUAAGUUACAAAGCAAACAUAAUUUCAUCUUCCUAUAUGUUGCAUUCCCUUACUGUUAUUCUACUCAAAGCAAAGCCAGGAAUUUGUAAGGAUCUACUCUGCAGUUUCUUCGAGCUCACAGGAAUUCCAAGUUUUUCUCCACACUAGUCCAGCUUGGGAUAAGUUCCUGGGAAACUAAGAAAUGUUGAAACAGAAAAAAAAACACUUAAAAUAUCCAGAAAAUUACUGGAUUGAGGGAUCUAUAUAGAUGUUUUGAAAUGCAUCAAGAAAAGGUUGAGAUAUUAAGAACAAGCAGAAAUUUUAGCCAUUACACUUUCCUAAUAUACACAAAUUUCCUUGGAGAUUUACAAACAAUGCAUCUAAGUUGAUGCCUCUUGUGCACUUACAUACUUCAUUAAAUAUAUGGCUCUCUGUGUGUGUAAUGGAGAAAAACAGAGCUAUUAAGACUGUUGUCUGUCUGCCUUCUGAUGUGACACAUUUAUAUUAAAGUUUUCUUUAGUAACACAAUUUUAUGACAGAUUUGUCUCUCCACUCAACACUUUUAAUGAAAGUAUUAGUAGCUCACAUAAACCCUUUAACCACCAGAAGUGAUUAACAUGUAACUUCUCCCCAUAAUAUCCAUACAUUUUUCAGCAAAUAGGUUGUGAGAAGUCUCAACUUAUCAGGUUGCAAGCUUAGUAGCUAACUAGUACUGUAGUUUAUAAGUAAAUGUGUUGCAGUCAGAGGGAAGAAUUGACAAUCACUUGUAGGGAGUUGAAGGGUUAACCUCUCAGAAGUUUAGUUUAAGUCAAGUUGACUACUUCAGUUAAAAGUUCAGUGAAUUGUAUCAUCAUUAUUUUUUUCUAUUACAAUCAAACCUACCCAAAGACUACUAUUGUGGCUAAAUCUGAUUUAUCAAUCAAGAGUUACCAGUCAUAUGUAAGGUAGCCAAGGAUUAUUUGAUGGUAGUGUUUGCUUCUGAUUUUUAUUUUUUUUUCCUUUCACCUUGUUAAAAGUCUAAAAUGGUUAUUUUGGUGUUUCACAGUGGACUGCUACAACCUCUGAUGAUGCCGCAUCGCGUAUAUAUACAGUUUGUGACAUAGGUGUUUGGCAACCAAGUAACUGGCUAUGGAGUGAUGCUAUAAGUCACAAUAAUCUGAAGAGAAUCGACCUAGCUAUCAACUACACAAUCAAGAGAUGUGCUUCGUUUUCUGAUGAGAGACUAAACUGCUCAGAACAAUUUGAUGUUUAUGGAUACCAAUCAAAUGAGAACUUAAAUGAGUCAAAUACUGAUCCAAAAAAUGGAUUUUACAACAAAAUGAAAGUAAUAUCCAUGCCAAGUAACACCUCAAGCAAGUCUGAAAGGGUACAAGGAGUUGCAAAGCUGUCACUUUUCAUCAAAGAAAGAACUUCAAAGGUAUUCUUUGCUAUUCACGACCAAGGAGCUUGUCUUGUAUUGCAUUCAUUUCUGGUGACAUACAAUGUUUGUCCAGAGCGGACUUUACCAACAAGUCUUGUAUUGCUACCACAAACAAUAGCUCCAGUGAAUGAAUCUGAAAUAGUCAAAAUACCAGGGGAAUGUGUGGCAAAUUCACAACGUACAGCACCAGUGUUGAGUGCCAUCUGUAGCAGCAGUGGUGAAUGGACUCAGAGUGAUGAUGCUGCAGGAAAAUGUCUGUGUUUACCAGGAUGGGAGAAAAUUGAUACGGAAUGUCAAGGUAUGUUUCCAAAUUACAAUAUUGGAGUUUAGGUUACAGAACUGACAGUGAAUUGUGCCAUGCAAGAAUGCUAGGUACAGUAAAGGGGAGGGGGUGGUUAUGUUUGAGAGCAAUAAGGAGGGAGUUAAAGCAUGUUAUAAAAAUGUAUCCUGUAUUACAAGCCUAAUAGACAGUAUGUGGGUAUCUCUGGGGUGCAGGGUUUUCACAAAAUCAGCAUUUGCCAUCUAUGAAUUAUUGGAACUUUUGUUCUGUAGUGACAUUUCUCUUUAGUGACGUUGUUUACAGUUGUAAUUUGGAGAAGGCACCCUGCUGAGAUUUUUUAGGCCCAUUCAUUUCAAUUAUUUGAUAGGUUAAGUGACAUUGGCAUAUUAAUAAAACCUAAAGUAAUGAAAUUUGUAUGAUAAAAGAAAUAAUCUGGCCCUUAGAUUGUUAAACAAAAGCACAGACAUUGGAUAGCAAUGAUUGUUAUCCAUAGCAUGCAAAAGAUUCAAUAAGCCUCACUCCAAGUAGACAAAACAUAAUAACUCUCAUCAUUUGGUGUUUGGUAGAAAUCUCAACCAAAUACUCAUCAGCCCACUACUACAUUGUUCAGGGGUUUUUUCAGGUUCUUCUUUGCCAGAACCAACACACAUUACUGAAAUCUUGUACAUAACAAGUCACAAUUAAGAUGGGCAUGGCUUCCUCUUGCAUUAUCAUUGGUUUUAUUGUACUGGCAAGGCUUGACAGACGUGUCUGUCUGGGUGCUUCAAAACUGCCCUCAUUACUUUUUUAUCGUUAUUGCUUUUAUCGUAAACAAGUCUGUCACACACGGAAUAUCUAUUUGUAAAGAAUCUCCUCUAUUUCCUUUCGUUAAAACUAAAAUGUUUUUCUUUACUUGAUUCUGGGCGUUAAAGGACAUUGUUUCUUUUGAAGCGCUUAUAAAAGUAUCUCAAGCUUCCAUUAAUGUAAAGAAACAAACGAUCAGAAUGACUGAUAAGUGGUCAGUGUGGUGAUGUUAUCUGUGAUCUUCGUCAGUCAGUAAUAUAGCAAAUGUCAGGAAUGACAGAUCUGAAUGCUUUGAUAGAACGAUCUUGAAGAUAAAAGCAUACCUUAUCAAACUGCAAGCUUGUGAAGAAGCAUUGUUAGACAACAAUGGAUUCCUUUGUUUGCAGUUAACUUCAGCCAAUGCUAAGGGUCAAACACGAUUCCAGUAGUCAUGUUUAGUUUGCCGCCAUGUUGGCAAACAACGCGGCAUCUUUGUCAAUGGGGAACGUUCAACCGACCUGAUUAAAUAUGGGUAAAAUCCCUUUAUAAAUGAUCGUAGUUUUUUAAGAUUCUUGAAAAUUUCUGACGGUCUGCACUGAAAUUUACCGAAGGGUGUUAUUUUGCAUACCGAAGCCAACAUGCUGAGCUGCGGCAGACACAUGUAGACACACCACGUGACAGCUGACGCAAUUCGAGAGGACUGUUUGUAUCCAGUCAGUUCUCUGGCUAACAAUUUCUUUUACUGAGAUCACCGUCCACAGCGCGGGCGAGAUUGACGAGUAGCGAGAAAUUUAAUGAACGCGAAUGCAAAUUAAGGCCGUUCACGCCUAGGCUGUUCUAGACUUUCAACCAGGGCACUAGAGUAGCGCAGAUCAAGAAAAGAGAGAGUUUAGGGACCGGUCGCGUUUCUAUUGGAUCAUAUCUUAGAUUUGGGUAGGCUGUGUACCUGAUGUUUUCAUGCGACUUUUUCGCACCUUCUUUUUCGCCCCGUGUUUUCGCUGUUAGUUCCUCUGAAGGUCUACAUACACUUUAGGCAGGGGAAAUUUCAACGAUCAAAAAUUUGUUUUGGCUCUUAAUAAACCCAGGUUGUUAGCAGAGAUUAGGGGUUUUUGAUGGGUCUAUUGUUAGAGUUUAGUUACCAGUUAUAAUCAUAUGUUAUUCUCACUCUCAGCUUGUCCACUGGGAUACUUUAAAGACAAGACCGGAAACACCAAAUGCUCAAAAUGCCCGCUAAACAGCAACUCGGACAGAUAUCGGAAACGCUGCAAAUGCUCCAGAGGGUUUUUUCGCGCAUCAUGGCAAAGUGUGUCAGACAAUUGUACAGGUCAGUAAUGUAGUGCCGCCGGCAAGUUUCAGGUUUUUGCCGUUGGUAAUCAUAUUUUUCAUACUCAUGCUCGUUGGCAUAUCUUUUUUGUCCUUACAGCUCCUCCUUCUGCACCAAAACAUCUGCGAAGCCUUUUCACCAAUCAAACAACAGUGAGUUUAGUAUGGUCACAUCCGCGGCACCUUGGUGGUCGAACUGACUUGUAUUAUGAGAUAGAAUGUAAAAUUUUGUGUCGGAAAGAUCAACGAAGCUGCAGUCAGGAUUGUGGAUCACAAGUUCUUUUCCUGCCUAGACAGAACAACCUAUCGCACACCAAGGUGAUUUUGACGAACUUGAUAUCACGGACAGUUUACAGAUUUAAGGUACAUGCAAAGAAUGGAGUCAGUGAAAAGGCUGAGAUGGACGGAUUCCCUUCCCGGUUUGCCAAGUUAGACGUCACUACACUUGAGUCGGGUCAGUUUGGUUCAUCUCCUUUAAGUGAUGCUUUAUGAUUAAGUGAAGUUCUAUGAUUAUUCUGCUUAAUACCACAAGUCCAUUUUCCAUCUCAGGGUGUUUAGAUAAGCUUUGUUUUGCCCGUUGUUUUUAUCUCAGUUCCUGACCAGCCUGUGGUGACAGUGCAAAGGAUCGACAGCACUUCGGUGAAUGUGUCGUGGACUCUUAAAACUGGCCAUGAAGACAUCCAUUUCUUCCUUGUACGAUACCGCAAAAUAUUAGACAGUGCAGACAAUUAUCACACUAUCAACACAACGAAAACCUACAUCAAAAUAACUGGAUUGGAACCUGACGUGAAAUAUGAAAUCGUGGUGAGUUAGAUGUGAUCAAUUAAUGCCCCUUUUUUACAGUACAAAUCGCUGCGAAUUUAAAUUUUCCCAAUAAUUACAACUUAUUCAUUCAUUUUUUGCAACGCCGCCCAGUCAUGCUCAGAGGCUAUUUACGAGAAUGAUUUUUAUUUAGUAGUACUCUAUGUUGAUAAUUUCAAAGUGUUGUAGCAGUAUCUUUCUUAUGAAUCAUUGAAUUCUGUUGUUUCCCGAAUUUUAGGUCGUUGCAAAGAACAGCAGAGGCUUCGGGCCAAGUAGCCAGGCAGUGAAAACGCCACAAGACUACCCCGGUAAACUUUUCUCGCAAGUGCUUUAACUAAUGUAUAGUAUAAAUCCUUACAGGAGGGUUUCGAUGGGGUUAACCGUUAGCCGUAAAGCGGCCCAAAAAUUAGUCGUCAGGAACAAAAAUUGAAAAAUUUUAACCGUUAGUCGAGAAAAAAAGUUAACUGUAAAAAAAAAAUUCUGGCGAAAACAAUGGAAUUAUAUUAACCGUCAGCCGUAAAAGCCAUCACCCCUUUGGGAUCUGGUUAUAAAUUAAAGUACAAGCUGGUUAAGAGAGAGAUCUUUUAUCAUCCCGACCUAUAUUCUCACCUGACUGUGAUGAUGACUUACUGUACGCUCAGGAUGUCGAGACUUAGGUGCUGUAAUAACCGAAAACAGUUCUUUUCAACCUCAGGUUUUACGAAGAGUGGAUAACGCUAUCCAUUUAAAUAGUCCCAGCCAGUGGAUAGCGAUUUACACAACGCGUGAACACUUAUCCGCUGAAUAGGCUUUACCAAGAGAAUAUGAUCUUUUGCGUUUACCCAUUGGAUAUAACGUCAUCCGCCCUUUGAUUACCUGGUCCCAUGGUCCUUUAUUUUCUAUCAGCUUUUGACCUCUGGUUAGUAUCAUGUGUGUUAUUGUAUUUAUUCGCUGAUUAUUUAAUUUAAUUUGUCAGUUCCCAGUUUGGAUGAAGACAAGAAACUUUGGUUCAUGAUCGCUGCUGCCGUCGGAGGAAUUUUCCUUAUUCUGAUCAUAACUGCUAUAGUCUCGUUCGCUCUAUCAAAAAAAAGGUAUUAUUCUUGAUCUCAUUUGUUUGUAUGUGGAUAACCAGUUAUUUCAAGUUUCAAGAACAAGGGGAGAAAACUGACUGAAAUAAAUAACAUGCUUGAUGUAAUGAUUUCUUCCAGGAAAUCUCGGAAACGAGCGAAUACAUUUGAAGGUCAGUGGAAUGGGCAUUUCGCCGACGACUUAGAAUUUACCCUUCGAUUGCUCACAUCCCAAAUUCUGAUUUGUUAUUUAUUAAGUUAUUUUUAUUUUAGCUAUCUACUAAAUCGAUUUUCUCGUUAAUAACAAAGUACUUUUACUCUUUUCGUUUUCAGCCACUGAACUCUUUUCUAACCAUGGGCUAAGUCAGUAUGUGGAUCCCAGUAACUAUGGUGAUCUCAUGGACGCUGUCAAAACAUUUGCCGCCGAGAUCGACGGAUGUCAAAUUAAACUGGAAACUAGAGUUGGCGAUGGUUAGUAUCUAUUAAUAAUGACUUUUCUCUCUUGUUAAGAAAACAAAUGUUUUUCUUUAUCCUGAACUUCUAACUUAACAUUUAAUUAAUCGUCAGGUGAAUUUGCUGAAGUUUUCAAAGGAUUGUAUGAAGAUUGUUUGGUUGCUGUUAAAAUCCUCAAGGUGCGUGUGCCAUUCCGAUUUUUUUUAUUUCCUUUCCAUGUCGUUAAGAUGGAAGGUGUUACCUUGCCUAUUAGUUCUAAUCUUUCUGGUUACAGUUGGAUCUGAAUUUCAAUCGAUCACAACCAUGUUAUACGUGCUUCCAAGUACAAUUAAGUUCAAAUGUCGUGUCUUGUUACAUUUCAAUCGUUUAGCAGUUUUCUAUGAUCUUAACACUAAGGAAGAAACAAUCAACGGUUUUCUUUCCUUUGUUUUAUCAGCAAGGAUCGAGUUCCAAGACCAGAGACGACUUUAUUUCUGAGGCGUCCAUCAUGGGUCAGUUUAAACAUCCAAAUGUCAUCAAGCUGAUUGGCGUGGUCACAGUCAGUAAGUGAACUUCAUUUAAGAUAUACACGAUGUUAGGCGACAGUACAGUUAGUAAGUGCCUCGCUUAACAGGUUAUUUUUUCGGUUUGUCCUGUCAGGUAGACCCAUGAUGAUUGUAACAGAGUUUAUGGAAGGAGGAUCACUUGAUAAGUUUCUUAAGGUAAAGGAAUAACGAUGCUCUUGAACAGACCAGGCUUUAACUCUGAAUUAGAGCAAAUACAGCGAAGAUUGACGGCUAUUGUUCAAUUCCAUUGGAGCCGAACAAUCAAAUUCCACUUUUCUUUGGAAUCUCAACAGUUGACCAAACAAACGGAGUGCCUUGUCUCAGUGCUUCAAAAGUAUGCCAGCGUUGUAGCUCAAGUUAUGAGUAUUACUUCUUUCUUCCUUUCUUAGGAUCACGAAGGUAAACUUACGCCCCUUCAGCUCAUUGGUAUGGUCCGUGGAGUCUCCUCAGGAAUGUUGUACCUUUCGUCCAUGAAUUUCAUACACAGGGUAAGUAUUGCACCGGGAAACAGAUCAAACUACGCCGCAAGUUCUUAUAACAGGAAAAUAACCAUACAUUAAGCAUAAUUUAUUUGGUUUCUUUACUUGAAUGGGUUAGGGUAAGGGGUUAGCGGGUAUCUAACGACACAUAACUGUGUUUAUGUAUACCUCUACUAAGAGCUGGACGGAACGGUCAAUCAAAUCAGACAGGGUAUAACGCGCGAUACACUUCCUCUAAACCAGAACCAUGUGAUGUUUUAUGUCAGUUAAAAUUGUGCAGAAAUCAAUGCUUGGGUUGUAAAUACAGAGUACAUAUAUUUAGAGUCAAAGCUCGAGGCCAGUUUAUUAUAUUUGUGCAAUCCUGAUUUCAGGACCUUGCUGCUCGCAAUGUUUUGGUUGGAGAGAACAUGGCGUGUAAGGUGUCUGACUUCGGAUUGUCCAGAGAGUUGGAGGAUAACCCAGAUUCAGAGUAUCAAACGCAGGUAAUUCACUAGUUAAAUUUUUACGCAGACACCUAAGUGGAUGUGAUUAUUCGAAAAUUGUUUCACAACCCUUUAACUGUAGCGUAAGUGGAGAGAUGACGCACGAUUUUGCCUUGUCACAGGGAGGAAAAAUUCCAAUUCGUUGGACAGCACCAGAAGCGAUAAGAUAUCGAAAAUUUAGCUCUUCUAGUGACGUAUGGAGCUAUGGAAUAGUUUUGUGGGAGGCCAUGUCGUUUGGCGAGAGGCCGUACUGGGACUGGAAUAACUUUGAGGUAAUUAAGUAUUUUUGUACCAACUUAGAUGUUUAUGGUCAGAUACGUUUGCAAAAGGAAUUCAAAGUUUUACGAAGUUUAUUACUAAGCAGAUUAGGUAAUAUAUCUCAAUGAGAAAAUAAGAGUGAAACUGGUUUGAAAUUUUUUAAACAAGAAAAAGGUGAAUCCACCGCUAGCCACUAGACGACCAGUGAGUUACGCCAAGAAUUUCGCUUUGCUCUAGUAGGUCGGAAAAGGGAUGGUAGUUGUCUGGGUUUUCUCAGUGUGUUAGUUUGUUGUUGUUUUUGUUGUUGUUGUUUUCUUUUGUUUUUCUUUUUGUUUAAGACGUUCAGUACCUUUGUUUAGCGCCUUACUUUGUGUAAAAAUUUGUGUCGAAAACCUUUUUCAGCCCCCCAAAAAAUAAUAAUCGCACAAUACACUAUAACCCCUUGCGGAGGCAGCCACAUGCAUAAAAAAAAAGACAGUCCUAGUAAAUGUUUUGCAUGGAAAUACAUGGCAUCCGAAACGAAGGGUCGACAAUCAAACUGAGCUACUCGUGUUUUACUGUUUUAGGUUAUGGACAGAGUAGAAGGAGGCUACAGGCUGCCAGCUCCUAUGGUAUGCACGAUACUUAUGUCAUGUUCAUUUGAUUUACGUUUAGGAAAGGGGGAAGGGUUACAGAGGUUAAGUGUGUGUAUGUACUAUAAGAUUUGAUUAUCACAGCUAUGAAUGAUAACCUCUAAUGCUUGAUUGAAGAAGAAAAAGAAACACCCUGCUCGGGGUGAUCAACUGUUUGUUUGCUCCUCACUUGCGUUUUAUCUUUAAUGACGUGUAAGAUGAUUUGUUCUUUUUUGUAUAGAAAUGUCCCAAAAUUGUCCACGCAAUCAUGAUGGACUGCUGGGAUAAGGACAGGUUCAGACGACCUAACUUUGAAGAAAUUGUGAAACGACUGGACGAGCUGAUCCGCGCACCGGAAAUGUUAAAUGACAAUCUUGUUUGCUAUACAAGGUAACACUUAACACAUGUACUUCACUAAUUUAAGCUUACCUGUGGAGGGAGGGGUGAUAAAACCUGGCCUAGAUGUCGUGGUAGGCUCUACCUAUUUUAUGGAUUUGAUUACUCUAAGUCUAUUUUUUGGAAGGAGGGUGGGGGGGUGGGGCGGGGCGUACGGAGCUAUUUUGUCACGUACGAUCAUAAGAAGGAUUUUGUGUGGCUUUGUAAAAGUGCUCUAAAGCGAAUAUUUUGUGUUGUUUGCUGUAAGGUUUAGAAUGAUGGGUACUUGUCCGUUGUAAAAGAUUGGCUUUUUCCAUCAAAUUUUCAAGGCUACGUAAACUAACUUUCGCCAAAAUUUAUUUUAACUCCUAGUGCCGUGUCAGCAGACUUCACCGAACUUAGGACAAUCCAAGAAUGGCUGAUCAGUAUUCAUAUGGGACAGUAUACUGCUAACUUCAAGACUGCGGGCUACAAUGACUUAACACAAGUAACUCACCUUAAGGACGGCGAACUCAAAGACAUUGGAGUGACCUUGAUAGGUCAUAGGAACAAAAUCUAUAAGAGUAUAAAGUCUAUGAGGAAGCAUUUUGACAACUUACCGGAGCCGGUGUAGAAUAUUUCGUAAGGUCGAAAAUCCCUUCCGAAGUGUCGAGAAGCUGGAACUGUAGACCUUACCGUGGAUGUCGAAAGUGGAUCACUCUGUAUGUCGUGAUGCAAGGCGCCACAGCAACCCACACUCUAUGGGUCUACGAUUCUCGAAGGGCGCGAGAGCUAGUCCAUUAUUUAAAAAGAUCUAGUUGUAAACUGAUUUUAAAGUAUUUCGAAUUUCUUGGGGUAACUAAGCACCUUAUUUUAUUCGACUUACGCAGGCAGUCCCCUCAAUACUUGCGUAGAAGAUUUUUCCCAAGGUAACUCGCGAGUAUAGUAUUGCUGGAAAUCAGUGGAUAUUCCACUCUAAAUUCCCAUUUUCUCUUGACCUGAAACUUUGUCUCCAGCUGUUUAGACUGUUUUUGUUUCAUAGUGGCAACAAGAAGGGCGUCUUUUAGCGAGCGCUUUUAAGCGUCUUGUUUUGGGUUUUUUUUUCUCUUUUUGGUUGAUUAAUCGAUCAUUCCGCCCUUGAAAGGGAAAUUGAGAUGUACUGCCAUAAUUCAGAUCAAUCUUCUGAUCUGUCAGCUCGUUUUUUGUUGGUGUGUUAAUUUUCAUUUUCUUGAAUGGCUGAUUGACUCCUACGCGGCUGACUUUUAUUGAGACCUUAAAAUAGCAUUUGUAUUGUAAGGAUUUUAAAAAUGCUUAAUACAUGCUUGGCUAGGGAAAUGGAGCAGCUUUGUAGAAAGCUCUAGAACAAUGAACAUUAGAGAUAUUUCGUUGUGUAGUUUUACCAUCAGACAUACUUUAAUUUUAUUUGUUAUAUUACUCGUUGUUUUUGACAUCGUCAAGUAGCGUAUAGGUUAAAGUAUUCAAGGCCGUUUAGUUAAACGCAGUUUGGACGUUGUACAGCAAAGCUGUGUCCUAUAUCAUCUUCAAUUUAGCCCAACCCUUAUCUGAGGGGAAUGUUGAAUUUUGUGAGCAGCGUCAAGAAGCUUAUAAUUAACAUCAACCCUAUCGAAGAAAACUGAGGUUCAUUGACUAUUCCAAGUGGCGACCGAAGUAAGACCUCAGCAUUAGAGUAAACGACCCUUUCUAUUUAGUUUUACAUAGAGGUUACUUAAAAUUCUAACCAGUGCACCUGAGAGAUGAUUAGUUUAUUAGUUCAAGUAAUGUUGUUUUACACGAGCGUAUUAUUAGUAUCGUUUGCUUUGCCCUAUAUUUAUACGAAACAUGCAUCCAUAAGAUGAAAUGGCUAUUUGAAAUGUUUUGUUGUCCAAAUUUCGGUGUCUAAUAUGUGAAGAGAUUUUUAAAGAAAACUAUAUAUUUUAGAGUUGUUCAAGUGUUGAAGUCCUAAGUUAUUUUUUUUAGUGACAAUUCCCACACUUGUGGAAAUAAAGGAGUUCAUUACACUUCGUUUUGCCAAUUCUGAUUGUUCAACAGACAGCGUACACGGAUAUUUUUCAAGUUAAUUUCGUAAUAUUUUAAGAGUGGAGAGCAAAAUGCCAGUUCUUACUUAAUGGAAAACCAUUAUGUAAGGUAUCCUCUACCGGAAAGUAUGUUAUUUUUGCUUUUUUCUCCUUACAAAUUCUGUUUUCUCAAUGAAGUAGUCGAGCACAAAGGCCCCAGACUAAUAAAAAAUCAUGUUGCUCAAGUUUUACCAAUAAUUGUUCUAUUGACGAUGUGCACUCUGUUGUUCACUUGUCAAACCGGGCCACUCAAGUUAUCUACGGUCUCACAUUUUGCGCGAUCUCUUCUCCUUAUUUAGUAAAUAACAAUUGUGGAUUAAUAUUAUCUUAAAAUUUUAUUUAGGUGCUCUAAGUUCAGACAGUCUGUUGCGAACAUUGCUUGGCAGAUGAUUAGUCCUUCGCUUUCUCCUCCAGACCUGUUAUCUACAUUUCACUCUUUUAAGGGUGGAAUGUAGAUAACAGGUCUGGCCUUCAAAGCUCUUCAGUUUAUUUUCUCCUUGUUUGUGGGAUGCGAGCCUAGUUCAAAACAAGACUGAGAACAUAACGUUUUAAAACAUGC